AUGUCUACUAAAAGUAAAACGUUAGAUAGUGCAAGUAAAAUUAAAUUAAAUGAUUCAGUAUGGAAAAAAACAUUUUCUUCGAACGCUGAAUGGCCUGACAAGGAGGAGUUUCUAGAUGUUAUUUAUUGGAUGCGACAGGCAAUAGGCAUUGUAUUGGGCCUUUGUUGGGGCUUAUUACCAUUAAAAGGAUUCUUGGGACUUCUCUUAUUUGUGGUUGUGAAUGCAGCAGUAAUAUAUUUCUAUGUAAGCAGUAUUCAAAAUGUAGAUGAAGAAGAGUUUGGAGGAAUGUGGGAAAUAACCAAAGAGGGGUUUAUGACAUCUUUUGCUGGUUUCUUAGUCACAUGGAUAAUUAUGUAUACAGGCCUACAUGGGACCAGUAGUUUAUGA